GAUCAGUUGACGUUGUGGUAUGUGAAAAGUCUGUACUCAGGCAGUCAGAUAUCUGUUGAAAUCCAGUGUCAAAGUGAUGCAGAAGUGAGGCUGAACAUCAGUUGGGUUCUGAGACGGUCACCGUGUGCUCAAGAGUACAUUGGGUUGAAUUCGACUAUUGCCAAGAGUUAUCUGCAAAGCCCCCAAUUUCUGACCACGGCGUACAAAGAAACUGAGUACUUGAAUGCCACUGUUGGGUAUAUUUCUUGCCAUAAGUCCCGCCAUCUAUAUAUACAUCCUUUUAACUACACCAAACCGACUGUGACUAGACUGACAUCUAAGAAGACUUCGGCUACAAAGACAGAUGAAGCGUCAACGAAAACGAGUGGUACGGAGGCCACUGCUGCAGCAGAUGUCUCUGCAGAGUCUGGCAAGGACGGGUCGGCCGCUGCACAGCCUGGCAAGGACGGAUCGGCCGCUGCACAGCCUGGCAAGGACGGAUCGGCCCCUGCAGCUGGCAGUGAAAGUAAACCACUGCAAGAAGGUGGGACAGGUGCAAACAGAAAAAGAAGAGAGGCUGAUUCCAGCAAAGUAACUAGUUCUACUCCAAAACCUGUUUCCAGUAGCCCGGCAAAAGCAAAGACUGGAGUUGACUACUUUCCUGAUAGGAAUGAAAAUGAUGCUGACAGGUUUUUGAAAGUCUGGAAAGAUGGCUACUAUGUGCUGAUUCUUGAGUUCAGUAGUGCGGAUUCGGAGAAGCCACUUCCCGACAAAUUCCAUGCGGAAAUCACAGUUCGCAUGACUAAGGAUGACAACUAUAUCAGUGCUGCUGACUGGCCGCUCCUCAUCUUUUACGGCAUGAUGGGCCUGGUCUACAUUGGCUACGGUAUCUUCUGGCUCUUCAUGCUGGCCUGCAACUGGAGGGAUCUGCUGCGGGUACAGUUCUGGGUUGGAGGAGUUAUUCUCCUUGGAAUGCUUGAGAAAGCUGUCUUUUUUGCUGAGUAUGAGAACAUCAACAAAGAGGGUCAGCCAGUCCAAGGGGCAAUAAUCCUCGCGGAGCUGGUGUCAUGCGUUAAAAGAGGGUUGGCCAGGAUGCUGGUGAUCAUCGUGUGCCUGGGCUUUGGCAUCAUCAAACCCAGACUUGGACAGACUCUGCACAAAGUGUUGAUAGCUGGAGUAGUGUACAUCAUCCUGGCCUCCAUAGAGGGCUGUAUGCGGGCCACCAAGGAGCGACCAGAUCAGUCCACGGAGUGGAUGUUUGCUGCUGUUCCCCUGGCUGUCACAGACGCCAUCAUUUGCUGGUGGAUUUUCUCCGCCCUGCUUCAAACGACCAGGACUCUGAGACUACGACGCAAUGUGGUGAAACUGUCGUUAUACCGUCACUUCACCAACACCCUCAUCUUUGCCAUCCUUGCUUCCAUCGCGUACAUGAUCUGGUUCCUGACCCAGCAUCGCUUCAAGGACUGCAUCACGGACUGGAAGGAGCUGUGGGUGGAUGAAGCGUUCUGGCAUCUGCUCUUCUCUGUCAUUCUCUUGAUCAUUAUGAUUCUGUGGCGUCCGACUGCAAAUAAUCAAAGAUAUGCCUUUUCGCCUUUACUGGACGCAGCAGAGGAUGAUAUUGAUGACGAUCAAGUGCUCAGUGAAGCCUAUGAGGGCAUGAAGAUGCGCACCACUAAGACUCAGCAGAGGAAUGGCUCUCCACGCGGAUUUGAGGACACAGAGAGAAAGAUGGAGGAUGACCUUAAGUGGGUUGAAGAAAAUAUUCCAUCUUCACUGGCUGACAAACUUCUUCCUGCCUUGGACUCUGAUGAAGAAAUCAUGAACCAAAAGUUUGAAGUCUCAAAGAUGGACUAAAUAAAUACUCAGACAACAGGACCCUUUAUAUUAAUAUCAUGACGUGUUCUGCUAUCUGCAUUUGGUAGGAAAUCCUCAAAUUGAGGAAGAAUUAUUUGCUUCUACUUUGUUUUCCCUUUCCUGUUUGUGUUUAUUUUCAAAUGUCUGCCACCAUGGUAUGAAAACUUUUGAUCUAAAUCCAAUGUGAUAAAUCUGAUUUUUUCUUUCUUUUGUGAUG